AUGCCCCGCGUAGCGAAUCCUAAGCACCGCCGCUCUGGUGGUGGUGCUUCUACCCCCCAUAAGAACUCACCUAUUAAAAUCCCGCUUAACGAUGACAUGGGCGAAAAGGCGGCUCGUAUGGAAGCCCGGCAGGCUCGUCAUGACCGCCAGAUGGACCAGAUCAAAGCCGCUGUCAAGACGCCUAUGCCUCCUCGAAGAUACACUGGCCAUGAGCGUGGAUCCAGUAUGAGCCCGGUCACACCGCGUGGAUCGGGACACAGAGGCCGCGAGAGCGAUGUCGACGGUCGGAGAGCGGUAACCCCGAUGAAGCGUGUACCUAUCUUAGCCAACUUUGAGGAAUGGAUGAAGAUGGCGACUGACAACAAGAUCAACGCAAAUAAUUCAUGGAAUUUUGCCCUUAUUGACUACUUCCAUGACAUGUCCUUGCUAAAGGAGGGCGAUGGUGUGAACUUUCAAAAAGCUAGCUGUACGCUCGAUGGGUGCGUCAAAAUUUAUACGAGCAGAGUCGACAGUGUUGCGACGGAGACCGGCAAACUUCUGAGUGGCUUGGCCGAUAGUCGCGAUAGAAAGCCCCAUGAGACAGGUGUAGAUGAUGGUGCCGAGGAUGAGGACGAAGGAGAGGAAGGUAUGGGACGAAAGUCCCGGCGGAAGGCGCAACGAUCUCAUGAGGCUACACUUGCACCCUCAUUUGCUUCACUCCAACUGAAGAAGUUCGAGCUUGAAUUUUCUGUCGACCCACUAUUCAAAAAGGCCUCAGCGGAUUUUGACGAAGGCGGCGCGAAAGGCCUACUAUUGAAUCAUUUGGCAAUUGAUGGGCAAGGGCGAAUAGUUUUCGACAGCAGUGAUGACGCCACAGAAGAGAGCUUGAAAGAUGUAGAUGAUAUGCGCCAAGGGUCAGAGGAUCCUCACGCCCAGGAUCUUCGUCGCCACCUCCAAGGCAAUCAUUUGGAACAUCUUGAAAUGCAGGAUAUCUGCCCAUCGCUGAAAAACUUUGAUCUUGGCGACCCGAGCGGGUCGUUGGAUAUACCAUUUCUCAAGGCCCCCGAGGACUGGCGUAAUGAUAAAGGUCAUGAGGAAGGACACAAUCCGAAUGACGCAUCUGGAAUCAUGCUCGAUGACGAUAAUGCUGUUGGCUUUGAUGAUGACGAUGCAACGUUGGCGGGCUUUGAUCUUGGUGGAGACACCGGAUUCGGUGAUGGUGGUGAAGCAUGGGCUCGUGAAGCUGCUUUGGAGCCCAUGCUUAAAGUUCACCGUGUAGAUCGGGACAACGAUGAGAUUCAGGAUGGUGAAGAGAUAGACAAUGACGAUGCAUAUGCCAUUUCUCUUACUCAUCAGCCUAACAAGCAGGACCAUGAAAAUAUCCUCAGCUACUUCGAUAAUGCCCUACAAAAGAACUGGGCAGGCCCCGAACACUGGAAAAUUCGCAGGAUCAAAGAGCAUGCUGCGGCGAAUACUGCUACCGCUGCCCCAAAGCAACGGAAGGAAAAAGAGCCCUUUGAAAUUGACUUUUCUGCGCCUUUAGAAUCGUCCGUUGCUGAGUUGUUGUAUACCCCAGCAAGCUCCAACUCCACCAUAUCCUUGCCCAAAACACAAUGGAAGACAAAGGGCCGUAAUCUUCUUCCAGAUGAUAAACACUUCAAUUCGCGACAGUUGCUUCGCCUCUUUCUCAAGCCCAAAGCCAGGAUGGGCUCGAGAAGACUGGUGGGUACUCGGCAAUUCAACCAACGCAGGGAAGACCGGACAGCAGGAAAUGGAGAAAUGGAUGAAGCAUUCUGGGCAAACCAUAAGCCAGAGAAUAAUGCAGCUUCUGAUGGAGAAGGUGCCCCCGGCGCAUAUGAUGCAAAUUUUUUCGCAGAUGAUGAUGGUCUUGCGUUCCCCAACGGCCUUGGCUUGGGUGAUGACGACGAUGAUAACCUACCCUUUGCGGAUGCUAGAGAGAUGCUCUCUCCACCAUCCGAUGGACAGCCAGGAAACCCAGUAGGGGACGCUGGGGGUGCUUCGGGGCUUACAGCGCUCCUGAACAUGGUGGGCGCCACACCUGGUUCGGCGUUACAGAGCGGAGCUGGAGGAUUCGGGUCACAACUAGUAACACAAGGUGGUCGGAGAGCACGCCCUGAUUACGUUGCAUAUGCACGGGUGGCCAAGAAAGUUGAUGUUCGACGACUUAAAGUGGAGAUGUGGAAGGGUAUGGGUGAACGCUUAAUCGCAUCAACAAGUUUCGAUUCCUCCCAGGAAAGCCAUCGAGAACAACCCACUGAGAAUGAGAUCGAUGAUCCUCCGACACCCACACCUGUGAACGAGAUGCAGCAGGAAAAUGGUCAACUCCGGUUUACGCAGAUCAUGAAUUCACUCAAAUCUGUCUACCCUCCAGAAACGUUACGUGACAUCAGUACCUCGUUCGGGUUCAUUUGUCUGCUUCAUUUAGCCAAUGAACAGGGUCUCAUGCUGCAGAAUGAUGAUGGUUCUAGUAGUCUUGGUGAAGGCAGGCUGGAAGACAUCUUUGUCAUAAAGGAUGCCAAUGCGGUUCUCGAAGAGGGGGCUAUAUGA